AUGGAACCCAUCCACUUCAACCCCGCCGACGAAACCAGCCAACUCCCGACGACUCCCGACAUCCCCGAAACUCAACAACUCGCCUCCAAUUUUUCGGUUCCCGUUCAUUCCGAGUCCAAUUCGUGCUUUAUACUCGGCACCCAUCACCACUCCGACUCUGACUCCGAUUCCUCCCCGGUUCCCGGUCCGCUCCGGGCUUUCACAGCAAACAAAAUGACGACUCCGGUGGACGGCCUGGAGCUCGAGAAUCUCACCAAGACGUUUCUUUCCGGCAUGGGACCGGCCGGGGCCGUGGUGGCGGUGCACAAGAACUCGAGCUCCGGACUGACGCGGCGGGCGAGGUUCGAGUCUUUCCUGUUCUUCACGGAGGCGGUGGCGAGGAAAUGCGGCGGGAAUCCGAAUAUCAAGAACGCGUGGUUCGGCGGAUCCAAGGCUGAGAUUGCUGAGAUUCUGGCGCAUGGAUUUAGCUCCAGAAAUGAGGAAGUUGCUGGUCGGAUUCAUCUGGUUCCGGCGAGUUUUGCUUUGGAUGCGGCGGUGAGGUGUGGUGUUGAUGACCAUGGGAUGAGGCAUGUGCUCAUGUGUAGGGUUAUAUUGGGGAAGAGUGAGCUGAUGCCUGAGGGUUACAGUCGAUAUCGGAGCGAUUCGGAUGAGUUUGAUUCCGGUGUGGAUAGUAUGCUGGCUCCUAGGAAGUACAUUGUGUGGAGUGCUUCGAUGAACUCGCAUAUCUGUCCUUCUUACGUUGUGAGCUUCAAGGCGCCUGGCGACUUGGACAAGUAUGCGGCGCCUCCUCGGAGUGUUAUUAGCUACAUUGACCUGUUGCCGAUUCUCGCGAGGCUGUUACCUGCUUCGAAAAUGCAAGUGUUGUGCAAAUUGCGCGACGAUUGCAAGGAGAAGAAGAUUAGUUCGACGGAGCUGCAUCAGAGGUUGAUUAGGGAAGUUGAUGGGAAGGUUCUGGCGGAUGCGGUGCUGCCGAGGUUCUUGCCUGCUUCGAAAAUGGCCGUAUUUGCCAAACUGCGAGGAGAUUACUUGGCAAACAAGAUUAGCCAGGCUGAGUUGAAUCGAAGUCUCACUUUUGUAGUUGAUAAGACCUUGAUGAAGCCUACUCAGGGAGGUCCUGGAGUGGCGGCGCUGGCGAGGUUCUUGCCUCCUUCACAGAUGAAAAUACUCUCCGGAUUGGUUGAGAUAGAGUUGAGACAGAGUUGA